AUGGAGAGUUCAGCGUUUGCACAUCAUCAGUUGACUAUUUCGCGAUCUGAUAGGAGUUCGGCGAAUCAAUUCGCGGAUAAUCUGACUAAGCCAUUAUCAACACGUCCACAUGUGCAGCAGAUGGAUGUCAACUGGUAUGUACUUGUGCAGCGUGCCUGGCUAGCGAAAGCUACGGCAACCAAAAAUGAAACUGAAUUCUGA